UAAUGCCAAUAGAUGUUGAAAACAAUCAGGAUAUAACAACAAUAAUACCAUCAUUGGCAUCGGAUUCAUCACAAUAUAUGACGUCAUCGUUGUUAGAUUUCACUGAACAACAGAAAAAUGAACGAUAUUUGUAUGAGGUGGUAUAUCCCAUACUAGCAAUUGGAGCCAGUAUUGUACUGAUAACAUUACUAUCAGUCACAAUAAUUUUAUCACGCAAGCGUAAAAAGCUAACGGAUGAUGAUUCGAUACCGAAUAUAUUAAUUUAUCCAAAUAAAGGGAGUUCUGGACCACAAUUUUUGACAAAAGAAAUUCGAUUUAGUUUACCACCAAUAAGGAGUACAUCCUUAGGUGAUAUCGAACAACAAAUAACCGAUGAAAAUUUGGAUACCAAUAAUGGAAUACAAGGGCACUUGGUUGACGACAUGUGUAGUUUAUUACCCACUCAACAUUAUUCAGCUCAACGAUCAAACUCAUUCAGUGGAACCUAUAGUUUGGGUACGCUUGAUCCAACAUUGUAUAGAAAUACACCCGAGCUAGAAAUGUUCGAAUGGCCUGAAGGACACUUAGGACGUGUUUGGUUUUCAUUAAAAUAUGAAAGUUUUAGUGAAAAAUUAUUGGUGACAGUGCAAAAAAUUAAAAAUUUACCAUCACGUACUUUGGGAUCGGUCAAUAGUUGCGAUCCAUACAUUAAAUUACAUUUAAUACCAGAUGAACGUCGUAUUUUACAAUCGCAACAAAAGAAAAAAACAUGCAAUCCAUAUUUUGAUGAAACAUUUGUUUUUCAAGUGUCAAACAAAGAUAUGGCUGAUCAUAUUUUAAAAUUAAGUGUUAUUGAUGGUGGCCGCUCAAAACGUCACAAUCCAUCAAUUGGACAUAUUACAUUCCCAUUACGUAAUUUAUUAAACAAUGACAUUAAUAAUACUACUACUUCUACAACAACAAUAACAAAAAUAAAUACUGGUCAUAUGAGUGGAAAUGGUAGGAGUGGGAGUAUUGGUGGAGGAAAUAAUACAACAAUACAACAGCAACAAGAGCCUAAGAUAUUUAUGUUUGACCUUGAAAAAGAGGUACAGGAGACAAUAUCAGAACUGGGAGAAUUACUAUUAUCACUUGUAUAUAAUGCGAAUUCAAGUCGACUAACAGUAACUGUUAUUGAAGGCCGAAAAUUGAAGUUAAAGGAUGAAUCACGUGAUAUCUAUGUACGUGUAACGUUAAAUCAACAAUAUAAAGCUGUUAAGGUAAAAAGGACAAGAUCAGUACGACCUACAUUAACAAUAACAUCCAGUUCAUGUUCACUAAGUUCAACGGUGAACGCGGGUAACACUGGUGGAAGUAAUAGUAGCUGUACUAAUAACACAAACAAUACACUGGCAGCUAUGAGUGGUAGCGUUGGUGGUGGUGGUGGUGGGUCAACAUUAAAUGUUAAUAGUGGUAUGAUGACGUCAGGUGUUGGUGGAGGAAUGAAUGAUAGUUACUAUGCUGUACAGUUUACAGAGGGUUUUAAUUUUCGUGUACAUCCACAACAGCAGGAUUUAACAAGUAUAUCGUUACAUGUAUUUCAUACAGCAUCAGGAUAUGGUAAAGAAAAAUUGAUUGGUAAAUGUGUAUUGGGCUCCUAUAUGUUUGCUCGUGGGAAAGCACAAACACAAUGGAAUACAGCAUUUGCAACACCCAUGGAACAAGUACAACAAUGGCAUACGCUUUCUGAAUAAGAACUAUAAAAAAAAUAAUGGAUAGAUCAAAAUAUAUGAAUGAACAGAUAUGUUAUUUCGCAUAUUGUGUAAGAAUGAAUAUUGCAUUUUAAAUUAUUUUAGUCUUCUAUGACAUCACACGUCGAACAGUUCUAUAAUUGGCUGCUGAACUCUUGACUUCCUAAAUAAGCUUAUAAAGACAAACGAAAAAGCGUUUUACCAAAUUUUGAUCUGAAGCUUAAUUUCCGAGAUAAAUUUAUCCAAUGACAGAGCACUUAGAAUUAUAGAGAUAUCUUUAUCGUUGCCUUUAAUUAUCAUGUUAUCUAUCUCACUUUUUUC